AUGACACCGAAGACGACGCCGAUUCAGGAGAAACAUGCGCUAGAGCGACACUAUGGAAUUCAAAUUUCGCAACCAAUUGUCGAGACCAUCGUCGGAGACAUGUUCUUCAGGAACGAUGAAAUGCUGGACAAUGACAAAGACGACGACGAAGACGACUUCGUGGCGUCUGACGCGACAAAGGCAGUAGGCAAGGAAAUCGCCAAGAAGUCCAGCGAAAAGGCGCCUGUGAUGAAGCUCAUUGACUCGACCGAUGGGCCAAUAAACGGCUAUUUUGUUGAUGGUGGCACUAGGAUCGACUAUGCGGACAUAGUCGCUCUUAUCGAGGAUCAGGCCUCGAGGGUAAUGCAGCGAUUGGCGGCGCUGAGCGACGACGAGAAGCUAGACGCCGUAAGCGAGGUCGCUACAUACGCGAUGACCCUGAUGCUCGGGCUGCAGAGCGUGCGAGCAGAGCGCGACGUCAACAAUCUUCCUCUCGCGCACGAUGCACUGCCGAUUAUCGAUGUCGAGUUAAACCACAGGCUGAUUCGCAUAUCCUACGACGAAGACGAAGAGAUGCGCGCCCUCAUUGACAAGCACAAUCGCAUGGCGCAUAAAUAA